GAUUGAAUACCGUACGCUGUAAAUGCCUUUUACCUUUCCAGCCCGUGUUCAACCCAACUAACUCCACUCCGUAAUCUUUGGAAACACUCUGUGAACCACGCGUUCGAUUUUUGCAAUUAUAUGAUUUUCUUUUUUGCAAUUUUUCCAUCAUCCUUUUCCCCCAGGGCUUCUUCCCCAGAGUUCGCUUCUGAAGAACUGGUGUGGAUUUCUCGUCCUGUGUAAAUAAGACCUAGGGAGCUAUCAGUUCGAUUCCCAGUCUGAUUUCUUUUUUAGUACAUUCUUCCCUAGUUGCGAUUAGACUGUCACCCACUCUCUAUGCCUAUAUAUAUAUAUAUAUAUAUUCAAUACAAUGAUGUAGGUAGUUCCUGACUUCGAUAUCGAACCCCUUAGUGGUAGAUCUUUAGAUCUACGUGCAUAACAGGCUCUCAGAGUAUUUCGGGAAUGCGUUCUGUAAUGAUUUGACCAAUGCAAGCCCAUGAUACAUUCUAUGAAGAUGGAAAUUCUGCCACGGUGAACAUGGUCAGCCCCAAGUAUAGGCUUUGUUUCAGUUUCCCCACCUUGUAAGUACUGGAGGUGGAGGGAUCUGAGCUUCCACAUCUACCUCAUUACGUCAGGUGCAACGGGAGGUUCAAGUUUCAAAUAUCCCUUCUUUCCGUACCUUACUUAGCUCUAUGCUCAUUGUUAACAGUAUAAAGACAUCCCUCAUUAAAGACUUGAUAAUACGAUAGCUGGUACGAUGCCACCGCACCAGGAUCUAGUGCACUUGACGGUAGAUGACUGGCGUGACAGCAACGUUGAGUUUAUUGGCAGCGAAAUUGACCACAAGGUCAAGUACAACUCUGCAGCUACCGAGCCAGCUUGGCAGGGUGUGGGAGAAACGCCCGGGCUGCAUAUCUGGCGAAUCGAAGAUUUCCAGGUUGUCCCAUGGCCCAAGCACCGAUAUGGAGAUUUCCAUGAAGGAGACAGCUACAUCAUCUUGCACUCAUACAAGGUUGGGAGUAAAGACGGCGAGGAAAAGCUAGGCUACGAUGUCUACUUCUGGCUCGGCAGCAAGACCACGCAAGACGAGGCAGGCACGGCAGCUUACAAAACAGUUGAACUUGACGAGUAUCUGCACGGGGCGGCAACACAACACCGCGAGCUUCAGAAUGAACUUUCAGAUGACUUCGUAGCUCUAUUUCCGCGCAUUCGCAUGCUCUCUGGUGGCAUAGCAUCCGGAUUCACACAUGUCGAAAUAGAGGAAGAGCUAAAGGAAACCCAGAUGCUCCUACGAGUCUUCAAACAUCCUUCGGCCAAGCGAGCUGACUCGGUCAUGGUCUACGAGGUCGAGCCGAUCUGGGAAAGUCUCGACGAGGACGAUGUUUUUAUACUAGAGCGACAUGAUAAGAUCUGGGUCUGGCAGGGCAAGAAUUGCAGUCCAAUGGAGAAGGCAAAGGCGGCCCAAGUAGUGCACGAUAUGACAAUUGCAAAGCGCAUCGAUGUCGAGGUGCUCUCACAGUCUGAGGCGAGGUCGCGAACAGUAGUCAGCUUACUGGGAGGUGAAAGUGCUGAAGGCCCUUUCAGGUCAGCGAGGCCCAUCUCAUCUCACAAGACUCAGCGGCCACGAAGGCUCUGGCGCCUAUCUGAUGCUUCAGGGAAACUCGAGUUCAACGUCGUCAAAGAAGGGUACGAAAUCAGCAAAUUUGAUCUUGACAGCAGUGAUGUCUUUCUGCUUGAUACAGGCAAUAGGGUCUGGGUCUGGCAGGGCUCCGGAGCAAGCACGACAGAAAAGGCAAUGUGGAUUAAGGUCGCAGAAGCAUAUAUUCGGCAUGCUGCCAGUACCGGCGAGGAUAGAGCUCGUGUAUCGCCCAUCGCGAAAGUCGUCGAUGGCAGCGAGAGCUUAGCCUUCAUCAAGGAACUAGAAGUACGAUAGUAGGUAUAUCUGCUGAAGCCGGGAUACUACUUUUGAUCGAAUAUAUCUCUAACGUUGAGCUUUUCACAAAGCCUAUUUGCCUUAUAUAGGGACUUACAGUAGACUAACAUAUUCCUCUCGUGAUUUGAAU